CUCGCUCCCGCGCAAGCCAACAAAAUCGCGCGCAGGAGUAGAUAGAAAGAGGCGGUGGAUAUGGCCCUCUGCGCUUGCGCUUCCUCGUCUUCUCUCAGCAUUCUGAGCUCUCAAUCACCGCCUCGGCCUAGGGUUUCUUCCUCUUCUCCUCCGCUCCUCUCUCUGUCUCCGAUUGACAAAACCUUGUCGCAGAUUCACAGUUCCGGUGUCAUCGCUUGCCUUCGUGCCAACAGUGCGGACCUGGCACUGAAAGCGGCACGUGCUGCGCUAAGUGGCGGCAUCACAGUUCUGGAGAUUGUGAUGUCCACGCCAGGUGUACUUGAGGUUUUGCAGCAGUUGGUGCAGGAGCAUCCUACUACGGCCUUGGGGGUUGGGACUGUGCUAAAUGUUGAGGAUGCCAAGAGUGCAAUAAAUGCAGGAGCCAAAUUUCUUAUGAGUCCUGCUAUGGUGAAGGACAUUAUGGUUGAUGUCCAGUGUGGUGAAGUUUUAUACAUACCUGGUGUGAUGACUCCAACAGAAAUAUUAUCUGCAUAUGAUGCUGGUGCAAAAAUUGUCAAGGUGUAUCCUGUCUCUGCGUUAGGUGGUAGUCAGUACAUUUCAGCACUCAAGAGGCCUUUUUAUCACAUCUCAAUGGUUGCUUCUCAGGGCAUAACAAUAGAUUCAAUCAGAGAAUAUAUCAACAGAGGAGCGUCAUCCGUUGUUUUAUCAGAUGCCAUAUUUAAUAGAGAGGCAAUUAGUCAGAAUAAUUUCAAAGAAAUAUAUCAACUUGCACGUUCGGCAGCUUUGCAGGGCAAUGAUGCCGUCGUAGAACAGAGAAGAAGAGGUGUACCCUAAACUACUUACAUCACAAGUAACCGACAGUUUCCUCCACAUCACCUAUACCAGAGAAAUGCAUCAGAACAAUUUUGGACGGUGCAGAUGCAUAUAGUCUAGGAACUCCUACUGAUACAGACUGGACUAUCUGGAUUUUUGCGGAUCGAUAUCUAUGAUCAAAUGCAGGCUGACUACCCUUCGACAUUGUGAUCUGGAAAGCUGAAAUGGGCUUCAGAGUUCUUAUCCAGGUAGAGCUGAAUAGCAUGAUUUCAAAUACUUAUAGGAGGAAGGAGAAUGUUUUGAUGCAUGUUGUUCUGAGUAAGGAUGCCAUUUGCAACAUCUGUAAAAUAUACAAUUCAACCAAAAAUUAAGGAAAUAAGGGGAAAAAAAAACAAGAAAGAAAAAUUUGUUAAUUAGUUUAC